AUGGGAUUUCCGUCGACACCACUUGAAGCCAAACAAGCUUUGGGAAUCUCAUCGGCUAUAAGUGCAGCUUCAUCAGGCCUUCGAGCGGGCAGUCCUAUGCUCUCGGUCAGCUAUGAACCUCAAUUCUCGUUCGCCAGGUGUAUCGAACAGUGGAGAGGAAAAGAAAUUGCAAGAUGGAUCGAAGGUAUUUGA